GGGUUCAGGUGGCAGGAUGUCAGUGGCCAAGCUGCUCCUCUCUUCUUUCCUUCUGCAUUCACUAUGUGAAGCCUCCAACCAGCCGCCGAGGUUCCUGAACUACUUCUUCCAGUCCUACCUCCUCAUCUAUGAGAAUACGCCAGUGGGCUCGUCGGUGACCCAGCUGCAGGCGGUGGACCCUGACCAGGAGCCGCUGAUCUACGGGGUGGUGGGGGAGGAGGCCAUGCGCUACUUCGCCGUCGAACAGAACACCGGCGUGGUGUGGCUCAGACAACCCCUGGACAGAGAGACCAAGUCAGAGAUGCAGGUGGAGUUUUCAGUCAGCGACAGCCAAGGGGUGGUGAAGGAUACAGUAAACAUCCAGAUUGGAGAUGUCAACGACAACGCUCCCACCUUCCACAACCAGCCUUACACCGUACACAUACCUGAGAACACUCCGGUGGGCACGUCUAUAUUCAUGGCGAAUGCCACAGACCCAGACCAGGGCACCGGUGGCAGUGUGCUCUUCUCCUUCCAGCCCCCCUCAGCCUUCUUCUCCAUCGAUGGCGCCAGAGGCAUCGUCACUGUCACACGGACCCUGGACUACGAGACCACCUCAGCUUACCAGCUCACCGUCAACGCAACGGACCAGGAUAAGAGGAGGCCUCUGUCUCGGCUGGCUAACUUGGCCAUCACCAUCACCGAUGUGCAGGACAUGGACCCCAUCUUCACCAACCUGCCCUACAGCACCAACAUCGUGGAGGGAGUACCACAGGGCUACGAGGUGCGUAAGAUCAGAGCCAUAGACCAGGAUCUGGGACGCCCGCGCGGCAUUGGCUACACCAUCAUCUCUGGUAACACCAACAGUGUGUUUUCGCUGGACUACAUCAGCGGCUCCCUCACUGUGGCAGGAGAUCUGGACAGGGAAAACCCUCUCUACUCCGCAGGAUUCACCCUCACUGUCAAGGCCACGGAGUUGAACGAUGACCGCACCCCAUCGGAGGCGACGGUGAAGACGACCUUCACCAUCCUCCUCAUCGACAAGAAUGACAACGCGCCCAAGUUCAACAGCUCCGAGUACCGCGUGCGCAUCACGGAACUGGCCCAGGUGGGAUUCGCCCUGCCCCUCUACAUCCAAGUGGAGGACAAGGAUGAGGGAGUGAACAGCAUGUUCCAGGUGUUCCUGACGGGGAAUAACUCGGACCACUUCACCAUCUCCCCCACCUCGGUGCAGGGCCGAGCGGAUAUCCGUGUGCGCGUGGCUGAACCCCUCGACUUCGAGAACAUCCGGAGCUACAGCUUCUCUCUCUAUGCCAACGAGUCUCUAUCAGAGCAUGUGGGUUUUGCUCGUGUCUUCAUCGACCUGCUGAAUGAGAAUGACAACAGGCCUGUCUUCAGCAGCCCGCUCUACAACAUCAGCCUGCCAGAGGACACACCUCCCGGGACAUCACUCAUACAGAUCAUAGCAACAGAUCGUGACUUUGGUGCGUUUGGAGUGGUGCGAUAUUACUUCAGCGACGAUCUAGACCAGUUCUCAUUGGACGCGGCCUCAGGCUGGGUGACGCUGCGCGCGCGUCUGGACUUCGAGCUGAUGCGACGCUUCACGCUGACGGUGCUGGCCCGCGACGGGGGCGGAGAGGAGACAACCGGGCGCCUGCGGAUCAACGUGCUGGAUGUGAACGACAACCCGCCCCUCUUCCAGAAGGACAGCUACAUGGGGGCCGUCAGGGAGAACGAGCAGGGGCCACAGCAGGUGGCCAGAGUCAGGGCUACGGAUGAGGACUCUCCCCCUAACAACCGCCUGACGUACACCAUCACCUCCGCCUCCAAGUUCCUCAGCUACUUCACCAUCGGCAUGGUGGAGGGCUACGCAGUGGUGAUGGUGAACAGGCCCCUGGACUACGAGCAGGUUCCUGAGGGAGUGAUCCACCUGACAGUCAUGGCCAAAGAUGGAGGGAGCCCCGCCCUCAACAGCACCGUGCCCAUCACCGUGGAAGUGUUUGAUGAAAAUGACAAUCCCCCUGAGUUCAGUAAGCCUGCCUACAUUGUGGACAUCCCGGAGAACAUUGUCGCAGGUGCCACGGUGAUCUUUGUGAACGCCACUGACAAGGACGCGUCGCGAGAGUUCGGCCAGGCCUCCCUCAUCUACUCCCUCCAGGGCUCCCCGCAGUUCCGCCUCAACACACGCUCAGGUGAGAUCACUACCACAGCUCUACUGGACCGUGAGGUGAAGGCGGAAUACAUCCUGAUCGUCAGGGCCGUGGAUGGAGGGGUAGGACCUCUACAGAAGACUGGCAUAGCCACGGUGAACGUCACCAUUCUGGAUAUCAAUGACAACGCCCCCUUGUGGCGGGAUGAGCCUUAUCAGGCCAACGUAGUGGAGAUGAGCCCUAUUGACACAGACGUCAUUACGGUGUUGGCGGUGGAUCCGGACUACGGUGACAAUGGCACGGUGGUGUACUCCAUCAGCCCGCCCAACCCCUUCUACACCAUCCACAACACCACGGGCAAGAUCCGCACCAGGGGCGCCGUGCUGGACCGGGAGAACUCCGACCCACACACCACCAAGCUCAUGACCACCAUCAUCAUCUCUGCCACAGACCGUGGGAACCCUCCUCUGCAGUCCACAGCCAGCACCACGGUGUACGUCAACCUGCUGGACCUCAACGACAAUGACCCCACCUUCGUCAACCUCCCAUUCGUCGCCGAGGUGCCAGAGGGCCUCCAGAUUGGCUCAUCCGUGUACAGGGUGUAUGUAGAGGACCCUGAUGAGGAGGUGAACGGCCUGGUAACCCUGGAGCUGCAGAUGGGGAUGCCACGUCUAGACUUCAGCCUCAACAUCAGCACCGGCAUCCUCGUCUCCACGGCAACGCUGGACCGCGAGCGCAUCGGCCAGUACUUCCUGCGCAUCCUGGCCUACGAUGCCGGGAAGUACCCACGCACAUCCACCAGCACUCUGACCAUCACAGUGAUGGACGUGAAUGACGAGACCCCCACCUUCUUCCCGAGUGUGUAUAACGUGUCGCUGCAGGAGAGUGUCCCCAGGGACCACGUGGUGGUGGCCCUCAACUGCUCUGACAACGACACGGGCCUCAACGCAGAGCUCAGCUACUUCAUCACAGCGGGGAACCAGGACGGCAAGUUCAGCGUGGGCUUCAGGAGUGGCGUGGUGAGGACGGUGGUGGGGCUGGACAGGGAGACACAGGCCUCCUACACACUGGUAGUGGAAGCCAUCGACAACGGUCCAGCCGGGAGCAGGAGGACUGGUACAGCCACGGUAUAUGUGGUGGUUCUGGAUGUGAAUGACAACAGACCCAUCUUCCUGCAGAACAGCUACGAGACCAGCAUCAUAGAAACAGCCCCACAGGGGACCAGCAUACUACAGGUGCAAGCUACAGAUGCGGACCAGGGGGAAAAUGGCCGCGUUCUCUACAGGAUUCUCACCGGCAACAUCCAGCAGCAGUUCAGCAUCAGUACCCUGACCGGUACGAUCAGCAGGGGCCCCAGACCGCUGGACCGGGAGACCAGCAGCUCCCACGUACUGGAGAUAGAGGCCUACAACAGCGACCAGGGGCCUAUGCGCAGUGCUGUUAGGGUCAUCAUAUAUGUGGAGGAUGCCAACGACGAGGCUCCAGUCUUCACCCAGCAGCAGUACAACCGGCUGGGGCUGAGGGAGACCGCCGGCAUCGGCACCUCUGUCAUCGUAGUGCGCGCCACAGACCGUGACACCGGGGACGGCGGCGCGGUGGCGUACGCGCUGGUCUCGGGCUCGGACCGCAAGUUCGAGGUGGACGUGAGCACGGGCCUGGUCACCACGGUGGACUACCUGGACUACGAGACCAAGACCAGCUACCUGAUGAACGUGUCGGCCACCGACCAGGCCCCGCCCUUCCACCGCGGCUACUGCACCGUGUACGUCACGCUGCUCAACGAGCUGGACGAGGCCGUGGCCUUCUUCUCCUCGGGCUACGAGGCGUCCAUCCGGGAGAACAUCGCCACCGGCUCCGAGGUGGUGCAGGUGCAGGCGCAGUCGGCCGACAACCUCAACCUGCUGUCCUACCGCUUCGACCCGGACACCUCGCCGGCCGCGCUGGCGCUCUUCAAGAUAGACAGCGUCACGGGUCGUAUCACGGUGACAGGACUGGUGGACAGGGAGAAAGGGGAUUUCUAUACCCUCACAGUCUUGGCUGACGAUGGAGGACCAAAGAGAGGAUCCACUGUGAAGGUGUCAAUCACCAUCCUUGAUGAGAACGAUAACAGCCCCCAGUUUGACAUCACCUCAGACAUGUCGGUGGACAUCCCAGAGGACACUCCCAUUGGCCGAAGGGUUGCCCUGGUGUUGGCCAGGGAUAUUGACGCCGGGAACAACGGACUGGUGAAUUUUACCCUGGUGGCAGGGAACAUGCAGGACGUUUUCAGGAUCGUGACGGCUAACCUGACCUAUGGAGAGAUCUUCCUCAACGCUCCACUGGACCGAGAGGAGGUAGACCGCUACCUGCUCAAGGUGAGGGCGUUGGACAGUGGCACUCCUCGCCGCUUCAAUGACCACUCGGUCACCAUCAACAUCCUGGACGUGAAUGACAACCCACCUGUCAUACAGAGCCCUCGAGGAUACAACGUCUCCGUCAGCGAGAACGUUGGCGGGGGCACGUCGGUUCUGCGCGUGGUGGCCACGGACCGGGACAUCGGCCGGAACGCCAUGCUGUUCUAUUACAUCACCGGGGGCAACCAGGACCUGACGUUCCGCAUGGACCGUGUGACGGGAGAGAUGGUGACGCGACCGUCCCCCCCGGACCGUGAGCGCAAGCACGAGUACCAGCUGACCGUCACCGUGGAGGACGAUGGGACGCCCUCACUGUCGACCUCCACCACGGUGUGGGUGACCAUCGUGGAUGAGAACGACAACGCCCCCGAGUUCCCCGAGGAGGAGUACAUGACCGUGCUGAGCGAGGGGCCCGACACAGUGGGGGCCACCAUCGCCACGGUAACCGCCAUCGAUCCCGACGAGGACCUCAACGGAACCCUGCGCUAUGCCAUCACCCACGGCAACAUAGGCCAAACAUUCCGCAUCAAUAAUGUCACGGGAAGGAUUGUGGCUGUGAAGGAGCUGGACUAUGAGAUCAGUAAUGGACGCUACACUCUAGUGGUGACGGCUACAGACCAGUGUCCCAUCCCACAGCUGCGACUCACCUCUACCACCACGGUGAUGGUGAACGUGCUGGAUGUGAACGACGUGACGCCCAUGUUCCCGAGGGAGUUUGAGGGCCCCAUCGAGAUCACAGAGGGCCAGCCGGGGCCCCGCGUGUGGACCGUCAGGGCCACCGACAUGGACUCGGGCCCCAACGGGAAGGUGGAGUACACUAUCACCGCCGGAGACCCCAAAAAUGAGUUUGUGGUGUCUCCUGUUGAGGGAGAGCUUCGGGUGAGGAGAGACGUGGAGCUGGACAGAGAGACAACACCCUCCUACAACAUCACCAUCACCGCAAGAGACUUGGGCACACCCCCACGCAGCAGUACUGUGGUGGUGGGAGUGUUGGUUCUGGACAUCAACGAUAACGACCCGAUUCUGCUGAACCUGCCUAAGAACGUGAGCGUGAGCGAAGGGGCGUCCAUACACACCUCCAUUGCCCAGAUCCGGGCCUCCGACACAGACAGCGGACGCAACGCCCUGCUCACCUUCAACAUCACCGCUGGCAACAAGGACGGAGCGUUCUAUAUCAAUGACACCACGGGAGUGGUGCAGGUGAACAGACCCCUGGACAGGGAGAGGAUAGACGAAUACAGACUGACCAUCACCGUCAAGGACAACCCAGAGAACCCACGCAUAGCACGCCGGGAUUCAGACACGUUGGUGGUGCGUAUUCUGGAUGAGAAUGACAACCGCCCGCUGUUCACUCGGUCCAGCUACCGUGCUGAAAUCAUGGAGAACUCCCUCGCAGGCAGCACCGUGACUGUUCUGAAUGGGCCGGUGAAAGCGCUGGACAGGGACAUUGGCGUGAACUCUGUAGUGAAGUACAAGCUGCUGGGGCCCAGGGUGGAGCUCUUCACCAUAGACCCAGACACAGGUGAGGUACGUGUGAGGGAGGGUGCGGCGCUGGACCGAGAGGCCUUCUCUGAGCCGCGUGUGGAGCUCCAGCUGGCUGCAGAAGACGUGGGCGGGCUGAGUAGCACCGUGCCGCUCUCCAUCACCAUCCUCGACCUCAACGACAACCCGCCAGUAUUCAACCCCGCCAGCUUCACCGUACGCCUUCCCGAGAACAGCCCCACAGGUGUGGUGGUGACCCAGCUGUCUGCCACGGACGCGGACUCGGGUGCCAACGGCUGGCUGCUGUACCGGCUGGAGAGCGGUGCCCAGGACCGUUUCGUGGUGGACUCGCUGUCGGGCGCCGUGCUGGUGGGCAACGCCUCGUUGGACCGGGAGGAGCGCGCCUCCUACCGCCUCAUCGUCAUGGCCACAGACCGCGGCGCGCCUCCGCUCUCGGCCACCGCCACACUCACCGUGCUCCUGGACGACGUCAACGACUCCCGGCCGCGCUUCCUGCGGCCCAUGCAGACCAUCAGCGUCAACGAGUCCACACCAGCCGGAGAGGUGGUGGCCACGCUGACGGCCGAGGACCCUGACCUUCGCCCGCGGCUGGCGUACUACAUCAUCUCCGUGGAGGCGCGCGACGACAACAACAACCCUGUCAGGGGACUGCAGGACUCAUUUGGCAUCGACUUCCACACCGGUGCUGUGUUUGUGCGUAACCCUUUGAACAGGGAGCUGGUUGCUACAUUUGACAUCAUCGUGUCUGUUCAUGACAACGCCAGUGAGGUCAUAGACCAGUCUGUCAGCGUGCCCAAUGCCCGGCUGACCAUAAAUGUGUUGGACGUGAAUGACAACGUGCCGCGAUUCCGCCCAUUUGGCGUGGCCAACUUCUCGGAGAAGAUUCUGGAAGGGGCUCAGCCUGGCACCACGCUCCUCUCCGUGUCGGCUGUGGACCCAGACAAGGGCCCCAACGGACAGGUCAUCUACCAGCUGCUGCACCUGCCCCGGGGAGACUACAUCACACUGGAGGACCCCUCCACAGGUAAGAUCAUAGCCAAUCGCACGGUGGACUACGAGCAGGUGCAGUGGCUCAACUUCACGGUGCGCGCCCAGGACCACGGCAGCCCCCCGCGCUUCGCCGAGCUGCCCGUCUACCUGCGCAUAGUGGACGUCAACGACAACAACCCCGUCUUCUCGCAGCCCACCUAUCAGAAACCUGUGUUUGAGGACGUGGCCCUGGGUACCAUCAUCGUGAGUGUGAGUGCCACUGAUGCGGACUCCGGCCUCUUCUCCAUCAUCGAGUACAGCCUGGUGGAUGGGGAGGGCAAAUUCGGCAUCACGCCCACUACAGGAGACAUCUACAUCCUCUCCCCCUUGGACCGGGAGACCAAAGACCACUACACCCUCACAGCUGUUGCCCGUGACAACCCCGGAGGCACCCCCAACAACCGGCGGGAAAACUCAGUUCAGGUGCUGGUGACGGUUCUGGAUGUGAACGACGACCGUCCGCAGUUCUCUGAGCGGGUCUUCACAACCAGCGUGUUUGAGAACGAGCCCAGUGGAACCUCCGUCAUCACGCUCAGCGCCGUGGACCGGGACGAGGGGGACAACGCCAGACUCACGUACAGCAUGCAGGGGCCCGGAGCAGAUGCCUUCUCUCUGGACCCCGCCACGGGUCUGAUUCGCUCCCUGCGUCUCCUCACGUCGUCGGAGAGCUUCAACCUGACGGUGGUUGCCACGGACAGCGGUCGCCCCCCCCUGUGGGGCACGGCCAUGCUUCACAUCACCGUCAUAGACGUCAACGACAACAGACCCGUCUUUGUGCGGCCCGCCAACGGCACCAUCAUACACAUACAGGAGGAGAAGCCUCCUCCGCAGGUGGUGUAUGAGGUGUAUGCGAAGGACGAGGACGAGGGGGUGAACGGGGACGUGCGCUACUCCUUCCUGCAGACGGGCGCCGGCAACAGAGACUGGGAGAACUUCAACAUCGACGCCAUCUCCGGAGUCAUCACCACCGCAGUCAAACUGGACCGAGAGAAACAAGCACUACACAGCCUGAUCAUAGUGGCGUAUGACCUGGGUCAGCCCGUCCCCUACGAGACCACCCAGCCCCUCCAGGUGGCCCUCACGGACAUCGACGACAACGAGCCCGUCUUCCACAAGCCCCCGAAGGGCGGCCUGCCCUACCAGGUGCUGUAUGUGGAGGAGCACUCGUCUCCAGGUACGGUGGUGGGCAACGUGACCGGAGCUGUGGACGCAGACGAGGGAUCCAACGCCGUGGUCUACUACUUCAUCGCAGGAGGCGAUCUGGAGGAGAACUUCGACCUGAGCAAGGUGGGCGUGCUGCGGGUCAGGAGGGACCUGGACCGCGAGGAGAUCCCCAUGUACUCCAUCCUGGUCAAGGCCUCCAGCAACCCCAACUGGUCGCUGCCCAGGGGCCAGAGGUCCCAGCGGGCCCGUCUGCUGGACCCCAGCCAGGACCCCACGCUGCAGGAGGUCCGCAUCGUCCUGGAGGACAUCAACGACCAGCCGCCGCGCUUCAGCAAGCCAGAGUACACCGCAGGAGUGGCGGCGGAUGCUAAGGUGGGCUCGGACCUGAUCCGUGUCAGGGCGUAUGACAACGACAUCGGCAACAACAGCCUGGUGCUCUACCACAUCGUCUCCAUCACCUACAUCAAGCUGAAGGCCAACAUCUCCGAGGAGAAGAGCAACGUCUUCGUCAUCGGUCAGAUGGACGGCAUCAUCCGUACGUUCGACCUGUUCAUGCAGUAUGACCCGGGCUACUUCGUGCUGGAGGUGCUGGCCAGCGACCUGUCGGGCCGCAGCGACAUCGCCAACGUGGGCAUCUACAUCCUGCGCGACGACCAGCGCCUCAAGAUCGUCAUCAACGACAGCCCCGAGCGCGUACGCCAGUUCCAGGAAGAGUUCAUCAGCCUCCUGUCCAACAUCACCGGAGCCAUCGUCAACACUGACGACGUGCAGUUCCAUGUGAAUAAGAUGGGCCGUGUGGACUUUGAACGGACAGACGUCCUCAUCCAUGUGGUCAACAAGAACACCAACCGCAUUCUGGACGUCGAGAGGGUAAUCCAGAUGAUCGACGAGAAUCAGGAGCAGCUGAGGAAUUUGUUCCGGAACUACAACGUCAUGGACGUCCAACCGGCCGUCAAGACCAGAGCACCUCACGACUUCACCCCACUGCAGAUGGCGGUGAUCAUCCUGGCCUUGCUGCUGGUCCUGGCUGCCUUGUUGUUUAUCGUCAUGAACUGGUACUACAGGACAGUGCACAAGCGGAAGCUGAAGGCCAUGGCUGCCGGUUCAGGGAACCAGGGGCUGGUGGACAUCCUGGACAUGCCCAACACCAACAAGUACUCCUUCGAGGGGGCGAACCCCGUGUGGCUGGACCCCUUCUGCAGGAAUCUGGAGCUGGCAGCGCAGGCGGAUAGAGAGGACGACCUUCCAGAGGACCUGAGUGACAUCACAGACCUCUGGAACAGCCCUGCACGCACCCACGGCACCUUUGGGCGAGAGCCACAGGCCAAGCCGGAAGACGACCGCUACCUGAGGGCAGCCAUCCAGGAGUACGACAACAUCGCCAAGCUGGGACAGAUCAUGAGAGAAGGGCCGAUUAAGGGCUCGCUGCUCAAGGUGGUUCUGGACGACUACCUGCGUCUCAAAAAGCUCUUCGCCGCCCGACUGGUCACCAAGUCCACGGGCAACGGAGACCACUCGUCCGUCAGCGAGCUGAUCCAGAGUGACAUGGACGAGGACGAUGACGAGCGCCUGAACGGCCUGGGCGUGGGUGGCAACGGCGGUUUGCGCGGUGGCGGCACGCUGCGCUUCAAGCACAAGCACCCGGUGGAGCUGCGCGGCAGCGAGGGCGUGCACGUGACCCACGGCAGCACGGGCACGCUGCUGACCUCCGACCUCAACAGCCUGCCCGAGGACGACCAGCGGGCACUGGCGCGCUCCCUGGAGGCCCUGGACGCCGACGGGGCGCUGUACGCCGCCGAACGCAACGCCCGCACCGAGUCGGCCAAGUCCACGCCCAUGCACCGGCACAAGGAGAGCGUCGGCAGCAGCCUGCGCGGGGGCGAGAGCCCCCUGGAGGUCACGGAGCUAUGACUAGCCGAGGCCUCGCUGGUCUGAGAGGAGAGCACGCCCACCGAGAGCAGAAGAAGAGAAGAGAAGCACAGCGCACAACGCAGCGCAGAACGGGACAAACGCCACCUACCUGUGACAACACGCUACUCCAGCCUCCUCCAGACCUCUUUGCGACCCAUCCACGCCUGCUAACCUGCCCAUGCACUGCACUGAGU